GCAGCAGCAGACAGACAGGCAGCGGAGUUGGUACGAACAUCUUCGACUUCACAAACCACCAAACCAAAAACACUUCGGCUGCUCUGCCCGCAGAUAUGCCUCGGACUGGCCGCUGUUUUGAGGACUCACGCUGGAUUUAGCGCCUUAUUUCUCCGGAGAAGAUGAUUAACUGCGAAUUGAAGAGCUCUGGAGAAAGUGUGCCUUGUUUGGAGCAGAACGGGUCGUGUGCCACAACAUAAAACUCGGAGCGCAUCAAGGCCAGCAGCAGCUUGUAGCACCAGUUAGCUAGUAGGCUAACGCUAGCCUGGUAGCGUUACAGGUGUUUAGGCAGCAUAUAACCAAACAUAACUUGUAGCUGUAGUUAGCUGGCAACUAGCUAAGCUAGCAUGUUAUGACUUAAUAUUGAACUUUAUGUGCCUGUAAUGAGCUUUUGAGCAAACGCCAAGUAGCACGCAGAAGACUUAGCAACAUUGUUAUUAGCUGUUAGCUUUUCGGUUAGCCGCUGUCCCGUGUUUACAGCAGCAGCAGGCUAGCCUCAUUAGCCUCCAAGCUAACGAACUUUAGAGCUACAUGUGCUUGUUUUCUUUUGUAGCUAAUAUUUCGCUGCUUGACUCGACUUGAUACAGUAUUCAUAGUGUGAUUUAGUGACACUUUUAAUAUUUGCAAGCAAGACGGGUUGACUUUUUCCACCGUGCCUGCCUGGACUGGACUGACCCACCCACAAGGACUAUCUAUCCGGGGCCGAUGCUGACAGUUCAGCCCGGAUCACGGCAACGCCAGGAGCCGCUACAGCAAUGCAGCCCCAGCAGAUAUACGACUUUUCAAGUGACGAGAACAGUCACAAAUGGAGAGGCCUCUUCGUACAAGCUUUACGAAAGGUGCAGAAGCAGGUCCACCCAAACCUCCUGGCGAAGGAGGAUGCCCUGCAGCACAUCGAGGAGCUGAUCCUGCAGCUGCUCAACAUGCUGUGUGUGGCCCAGCCCCGCUCCGUGCAGGAUGUGGAGGAACGAGUCCAGAAAACGUUUCCCCACCCUAUAGAUAAGUGGGCAAUUGCAGACGCCCAGUCAGCCAUCGAGAAACGUAAGAGGAGAAACCCCUUGCUGCUCCCAGUGGACAAGAUUCACCCUCUGCUCAAGGAGGUAUUAGGCUACAAAGUGGACUACCAUGUUUCCCUCUACAUCGUGGCUGUGCUAGAGUACAUAUCAGCAGACAUACUGAAGCUAGCAGGAAACUACGUUGGCAACAUCCGGCACUAUGAGAUCAGCCAGCAGGACAUCAAGGUGUCCAUGUGUGCAGACAAGGUGCUCAUGGAUAUGUUCGACCAGGAGGAUGACAUCGGGUUGAUGUCUCAGUGUACAGAAGAGCCGCUGUCCUCUGGGGAGCUCACGUACGACGACCUGGUGAGGCUGGAGAUCGCAGAGGAGCGUCAGUACCUGCGAGAGCUCGACCUCAUCAUCAAAGUGUUUCGCCAUCAUUUCCUGUCCAAUCCCAAAAUCUUCUCAUCUCAGGAUGUGGAGGUGAUCUUCAGUAACAUCCUGGACAUCCACGAGCUGACAGUGAAGCUGCUCGGACUGAUCGAAGACGCCGUAGAGAUGACGGCCGACGGCAGCCCUCAUCCUCUGGUGGGCAGCUGUUUUGAGGAUCUAGCAGAGGAGCAGGCGUUUGACCCCUAUGAGACUCUGUCCCAGGACAUUCUCAGUAAAGAUUUCCACGAGCACUUCAACAACCUGAUGGCACGGCCGACCGCCGGCCUCUACUUCCAGUCAGUGGCAGAAGGCUUCAAAGAAGCAGUCCAGUACGUCCUCCCACAGCUGAUGAUGGUCCCAGUUUACCACUGUAUGCACUACUUUGAGCUUCUACAGCAACUCCAGGAUCGCAGUGAUGACCAAGAUGACUGUGAAUGUCUGAAACAGGCGAUCACAGCGCUGUUAAACCUUCAAUGUAGCGUGGAGCGCAUCUAUGCCAAGCACCAGCCUCGCCGUAAACCCGGUGAGCCCAUGUACCGCCUGUACAGCAGACAAGUCCGUAGCAAACAACUCGCCAUAAAGCGAAUGAACGAGAUCCAGAAGAGCAUCGACGGCUGGGAGGGGAAAGACAUCGGCCAGUGCUGCAGCGAGUUCAUCCUGGAGGGGCCGCUCAUACGAGCCGGCGCCAAACACGAGAGACACAACUUCCUGUUUGAUGGCCUGAUGAUCAGCUGUAAGGCCAAUCAGAGCUCCCGGCUACCAGGGUCGGGCAGUGGAGCCGAAUACCGUCUGAAGGAAAAGUUUGUGCUGAGGAAGAUCCGCAUCGUGGACCGAGAGGACUCUGCAGAGCUUCGGCACGCCUUUGAACUGAUCGGAAAGGACGAGAACUGUGCCGUUUUCUGCGCACGGACGGCAGAGGAAAAAGCGGCGUGGAUGGCGGCGCUGGUGACUCUGCAGUACCGCUCCACUUUGGAUCGUAUGUUGGAUACAGUGCUGCAGCAUGAGGAGCAGGAGCAUCCUCUAAGACUGCCCUCCCCGGAGGUUUACCGCUUCGCCGUGCAGGACUCUGAGGAGAAUAUCGUGUUUGAGGACAAACUGCAGAGCAAAACGGGAAUCCCGCUCAUCAAGGCCGGCACUGUGGUCAAACUCAUAGAGAGGCUCACGUACCACAUGUAUGCUGAUCCUAACUUUGUACGCACGUUUCUGACCACAUACCGGUCGUUCUGCAGACCACAGGAGCUCCUCACGCUGCUGAUAGACAGGAUUGAGAUCCCUGAGCCAGAACCGACCGAGGAGGACCGACAGGCUCUCUGGAACGGUGACCAGCCGAUGGCGGCCGAGCUCCAGAGGUUCAGAAAGGAGUACGUGCAGCCGGUCCAGCUCAGGGUUCUCAACGUUUUCCGUCAGUGGGUCGAGCAUCAUUUCUAUGACUUUGAGAAUGAUCCAGAGCUGAGGAGUCGAUUAGAGGAGUACAUCACCAGCAAAAUUCAACUGAGAGGAAAAUCCAUGAGAAAGUGGGUCGAGUCCAUCAACAAGAUUAUCAGGAGGAAGCUGCAGACACAGUCAAACGGCGUCAGUCACAACAUCACCUUCGAGAGCCCGCCCCCUCCCAUCGAGUGGCACAUCUGCAGAGCGGGACAGGCCGACUCCUUUGACCUCAUGACUCUUCAUCCAAUAGAGAUCGCCCGCCAGCUGACUCUGCUAGAAUCAGAUCUGUACAGAGCUGUGCGUCCGUCUGAGCUGGUCGGCAGCGUCUGGACCAAAGAGGACAAAGAGAAGAACUCGCCAAAUCUCCUCCGCAUGAUCCGACACACCACCAACCUCACAUUGUGGUUCGAAAAGUGUAUCGUAGAGACGAUGAACCUGGAGGAGAGGGUGGCCGUGCUUUCUCGUGUCAUUGAGAUUCUGCAGGUUUUUCAAGAACUCAACAACUUCAACGGCGUGCUGGAGGUGGUCAGCGCCAUCAACUCUGUGCCGGUCUACAGGCUCGACCAUACAUUUGAGGCAAUACCGGAGAGAAAGAAGAAAGUCCUGGAGGAAGCUGUGGAGCUGAGCCAGGACCAUUUUAAGAAAUACUUGGCUAAACUCAAGUCAAUAAACCCACCCUGUGUGCCUUUCUUUGGUAUUUAUUUAACAAACAUCCUGAAAACAGAGGAGGGAAACCCAGACUUCCUCAAACGCCAUGGCAAGGAGCUGAUCAACUUCAGUAAAAGGAGGAAAGUGGCUGAGAUCACCGGCGAGAUCCAGCAGUAUCAGAACCAGCCGUACUGUCUGAAGGUGGAGCAUGAAAUCAGGAGGUUCUUCGAGAACCUGAACCCGAUGGGAAACAGGACUGAGAAGGAGUUUGCAGACUACCUGUUUGAAAUGUCUCUGGAUAUCGAGCCACGGAACUGCAAGCAGGCUCCUCGAUUUCCCAGGAAGACCGUGUACACUCUGAAAUCCCCGGGGAUCCGGCCCGUACGAACGUCUACCUCUGGCACCCUGAAGGGCCACCCCGUCCCGCUGGAGAGGGAGCCUCCUCAUAAGAUCACCUUCAGGAGCAUCGCAGAGACAGAGCCCCCAGAGACCCCGCCGUCAGCCUCGGUGCCCACGUCUCCAAACACACCGACCCCUCCUCAGUCCGCCUCCUCCGACCUCAGCUCAGUGUUCAUGGAGCAAGACCUCAGCAGCUCCUACGGCGGUAGCAACUCCAUAUUUGCUCCAGUUCUUCUGCCACCUUCCAAGUUCCAGUCAGUGUCUUGCGGCAGCCUCCACCAGCUCGGGGAGGAGCUGCUGAAGCCACCUCCUCUGCCGCCACGAAGAAAAGACGCCAUGUCUGAAGCUAAACUGAGCUCCAGGUCCGACAGCCCCCCUGCCAUCCCUCCCCGGCUGCCCCCUCCUCUGCCCAGGAACCAGCCUCGACCGCCGGUCUACAACGGCCCGCCUAUGGACGGCCCCCUGCCUAGCCCUCCUCCCCCUCCGCCUCGUGACCCUCUCCCCGACACGCCUCCCCCGGUGCCCCAGCGCCCCCCUGAGAUCUUCAUCAACUACCCCUUAAAUCUGCAGCCCUCCCCGGUGGGCCGAUACCACUGGGACUUCAGCAGCUCCCCCAGCUCGCCGAACACCCCGCCCAGCACGCCGUCACCCCGCGUCCCUCGGCGGAGCUGCCCGCUCAGCGCCAGCCAGAACAGCCUCUGCCCCCUCCCUGUCUCCAUCACCGCUCCGCCCGUCCCGCCUCGCCACAACUCGAGCCCACAACUCCCCAAACUCCCACCAAAGACAUACAAAAGGGAGCUGCUGCAGCCGCCGCUACAAGGCCUCUCAUUGGUGGAGAACACCGACAGCAGCCAAUGAGUCUGCGUCACUUUUAACACCUUAAGAAUGCAAACUGUCUCCUGCAAACUACGACACAGUGGACUUAACAGCUACUGAUCAGAAAGCAAACUCCGCUCCACAUGCCUGCCCUCUGCAUCGACCAAUCACCUCCCUCCGCUGUGCCUCUCAGGGGAUCAGUAGCGCCGCCUUCAUCUGAAACCCUCUGUGCCAAUGAGAAUCCACACCGGUGUGCCAGCUAACAAACAACAAGGAUCUGUGUCUGUUUGUCGAGUACGGAGCGGGGCAGAAGUCUCCUGAUAAAAGUUCUCACACUCUUGGAAUUUGUAGCCUCAACUGUCAUGCUUUAGUUCCUUUGGGCAUUGACAUCAUGUGGAGUCCUGCUGCAGCUCACAGAUUCUGACCACCUCUCUCCUCGUAGCUCCUCGUGAGCAGCAGACAUUUCCAUUGACUUGUUUUGUUUUUCCUACAAACAGUUGCCAAAGUCUUAUUUUAUGCAGGGGGAUAAGGGAUUUUCUUUUUUUAAACAAAUGUGACAUUAAAAGAAAGGCGUAAAGGAGACACUGAAUCCCCCACCUUGUUUCUCAACUGAACACUGUGACUGUAACGACGUGAGUCAAACUGUCUGACUGUUGUCGGGUCUGAAGACGGGCCUCUCUGCAGCCACAAAAGUUGCCUUUAAAAAUAAAAAUCCUCUGACCCCAGCCUCCGGUCCGCCACGAGACGGGGGGCCGCGAGAGCCGAGAACACUCCAUUUGCACAUCGAGUUUGGGCAGCAGGUUUUUGAUGAGAAAAUGUCCCGUUGGAGGGAGGACCGCCACGAUUUCAAAACGGCACGGAUCGAGACUAAAACUUCAAACCUUCAAGGGAACUCUGCAUGAUCAGACAAGUUCAUCUUACGGGAUAGAUAUUUGUACCUCUUUAAUGAGUAUUUAACCAAAACCUCAUUAGAUAACUGGAUUUUUAAGGUUUAUUUUGGGGCUUUUUACCUUUUAAUAGAUAAAGAGGACAGACGAGAGAGCGGGAAACAGGGAUGAUAGAUCCACAGGCUGGAUUUGAACCCGGUCCACCUGUGUACCUUACCACUAUGCCAUCUGCGCCCCUGCAUUUUCAGUAAAUUUGAACUUACCGAGGCCACCGUGUUUUGGUUCUCUCUGAUAGUGUGAGAUCUUCUAACGACAGUUAGGGUCACCAACUUUUUCAGUGCCAAAUAAGGGGCAAGAUAUUCUGUUUUGAGCUCAGUGUAUUUGAUCUGUGGUUUUAUGAAGACUCAAAUAGUCAGCGCUGAGAAUAACUUUAGAUUUAUUUAUUUAAGAAAAAAAAUAAUUUACAUUCUAACAUUUAAAGAUGGUUAUUAACUUAGGUCCCCCUGUUAGUCCCCUAUUGACCUCUGACAGUCCCCUCUUGGGACAGACAAAUUUGGCUAAAAACAUGGGACGUCCUGGCUAAUACAGGUGGCAUUCUUAGCCACAGCGCUCUUCAGCCCGUACUUACUCUACGUAGUUUCAGCUGUUACUGUCAGCAUGAGACGGCUUUCUGUUCCCACACCAGUACAGUAUGUCACAGGAAAGAUAAAGACAGUGUGGUUACAGUUCUGGUUUGUGCUUUACAAAGUAAAAUUCCUGUUAAGAAAUCCUUCCGAGGAAUCGGUUCUUUGCAGAUGACAUCACGCAGCAGCAGAGAACUCCCCUUGGGGGGCAAGUAGGGAUUUCUGCAUAGCAAAAUGCCACCAAAAAGGCCAUGUUUUCGAUUUUAAAGUGCAAAUAUACAAUCUUAGACAUUCACAUGUUCUUAUACGAGAGCUGCUUUUUUGUCCCGAAAGAAAUAGAAAAAAAGUUUAAGAAACUUGCAGAGAAACCGCAGCAGACGGGAAUUAAAAAAGCCUGUCUUAGGCCGAGAUGAGCGGUGUCACACAACACUCAUGUCUGCUCUGUUUCCACAAAGCUGUCUGGUUUGGUUCAGUCCGUUUUUGCCAUGGUUUAGCUCAUUAACUCUGAUCUUUCCCCAGCUAAUAUCCGUCUCACCGACCUCCAGCCUCCCUCACUGAAACAGGAAAUCCAUGUCUUUUGAGGGAUCCAGAUCAUUUGGCUCAGCUUUGUAGAGCUGGUCUUUUGGCUCCCAAACGGCUCCUCAGUCGGUACCAGUUUGUCUUUUAAAUGGGGAUUAAAUAAUAACAAAGGAGGAAAGGAAACUGGCACUCAAACAGGAGCUAGCUACCAUGGCUUAAAAAAAGAGCAGUUUCAUAGAACAGGCUUGUCUGUCAAUGCCUCUUUCCCACAAGGUUUAUUAGGUUGAUAGAACAUCACUGUUUCAAUUAAAAGCACAUUUGUGACAAAAUGAGGACAUUAUUAUAUGUUAAAGAGGCUCAGCUAGCCUUGUAGCUAGACUCAAGACCUGUGCCUCCCUUCGUCCAACUAGACGACUCUGUAAGGUCUGCAGGACUGCGUAGAUUGUGAUAAUGAUCGCCUCCAUGCCAGGCAAAUCAGUUAAAAUGUGGUAAAAAUCACUUGUUUUAUAAAGUGUAGGGAUCGGUUUCAGUGUAUGUAGACUUUUUUUUUUUUUAAUUGCAGCAUAGAGGUCCAUUUAGAGCUUUAAAAUUUCGUCUCAUUCAUUGGUAUCAGCCGUCUAAUCCCCAGGAACAUUCAUGAUCACAAUUGCAAACAACCUUCUCCCUUCUUUUGUGCAGAAUGCUUUUAUUUUGAAAAGUUCCUGGCAUGGUUUCACUUUACACUGAAUCAACUCACUUUUAGGGAGGUUUAUUAAACUGUGAUGAUGCAUGCCAGAGCAUCUAGAUCAAGUCAGAGUACCAGUGCAGACCAAAACACAGCAGCCUCCUGUUGGGUUUCUCAGUUCAAAUUGACUCAGAAUGCAGAUAUCUUGUGAGUUUUUGUCCAGUAAACAUAUAAGAGACACAUAUCUAUCCAACAAGGUGAAUUUGCCCGAUCAUGCCGGGUUCCUUCUCAGAAAGCUGAUGUUUUAAACGAUCCGUGCAACGCUGUCUUGACACUGUGCUCUUCUCCUGAAGCCCUUCUUCUUUGGUGUUCAAACUCAGCCUGCAAACUCCCACCGGAGCUGGGUCGGCUCCCCCUAGUGGCUGCUCGAAAAACCUUAAAACACACCCAUGAAAGGAGGAACUUUUUAACCCAACUUCUUUCUUUUCCUGCUUGAAAACAUUUAGUUUCACAUUGGAAAGACUGAAAUAACCCAUGCAUCAUGCUCAGAUGUGCCUUUUAUUUUGUUUUCUACUUUACAGAAAUAAGCAAAUGGUGUCUAAAAUGCUAAAAAAAUAAAGUUGCCUAUGUAAUGUUUAGAACAAAGCUAUACACUAUGAAAUUGUACAUGUUUGUGGAUACUGUGUAUAUAUAACAUGUAUACACUAACUAAAUAAUUUGUAUAAAGUGACAAGGUUUUUCCCCGUUGUAUUGUACUCUCAUCCGCAUCUGUUCAGUUGAUAUUGCCUAAUAAUCCAAUGCUGCUACAGUCGGAUAAAAAACUAAAAAAAAACAGGUCACUGUCACUAACUUACUUACAGACAAUCUCCAGUUGAAACACUGGGAGUAUUAACUGAGGAAAGCCAUUUUUCUCCCCUGCCCCUUAGCUGUUUUAAAGCAAUGAAAAGAAAUACACAGUUCAAUAUGCCAAGCACUUACUGAGACGUGUGCUUCACUUUGUACAUCCUACUAAUUGCCUUUUCAAAGAUUUUUUAAUGCUAACAUCAUUAAACAGAGGUUGGAAUCGCAUUAAAGCUGCAGUUGAAUUUAUGCAGACCUGUAUUCAGUUGCGAGUACUUGAGCAUAGUGAAGAAUUGGACUUCUUUUUUUUUUCUGAUAAACACACUUUGUGCACUUUAGGCUGUACUGUUGAAGAGCCAGAGUUGUUAUAGGUCACAUUUGUGGCCCUAUGCAACUGGUCCAACUCACUUUCUACAUGGAUCGAGGCAGAAAAGCACGCCGCCUCACUUUGACCCCCAUGAUGUUUGUAAAAAAAAAAAAAAAGGAUGUCUGAGCACCAUGAGCUGGCUUUCAGCAGCGUUUUAAAGGUCGCUUGUGCCCCUUUUCUCCUCACUUUGGAUGAUUAAAUCAGUCAUCAAACUAGAGAUAAAAAAGGGAGGUUUUGGAGGAUUUUCGCAGACAGAUGAAGUCUUCACUGUCUCUGAUCAUGUUCUCCCCCUUUCCCGAGUCAGUAUUGGUGGGGUGUGACAUUUUCGGUUUGUUGUUUUCACCCCAGCCUCGACAGAUUGGUUUUUCCUCUGGUGGCACUGUAACAGCUUGAUCCAGCAGUCAGUUUAUUUGAUGGUAUGUGGCCUUUUAACUGCUUUGUAUUAAUGGUCUUGAUGAGAUUAAUAAAUCACCCAGUCUUAUUUUGUACUGAA